AUGAAUCACUCAGAAGCUACACAAGUCGACCAGUCCUCUGAGGUCCCUUCUUGGCUGGAAUUCCUCAACGAAAGGAUCGAGGAAGAGCGCGAUGAAUUAUUCUCAGAAUCUCCAUCCUACGAGAUUAUUCGCAAUCUCCUAGUCGCUUCUGAAGACGAUGACACCGCGGUAUCGCAAGCCGUCACCAAGUUUUAUGAUCUCUAUGAGGCCGAAGCCGAUAAACGUGUCAAAUGGGAAGACCAUGGAGCUGGAGAAUAUCUCAACACAAUUGCAAUAAUUGCCUUUGACGUCGCACCUAAGCUGUGGUAUAAAAGCUGGAGGCAUCAGAGGAUCGCACAGUUUCUGAUUGCGAUCAAGAACGGUGCAGCGGAAGAGUAUCAUGAGGAGUAUCCUCGAUUUGCCUGGAUUGGCUGGGGCCUUGAAGCUGCAGCCAGUGAGUGCUGGAAUGCUGGUCACGUUGAUCAUUACACAGCAAAGAACUCAAAAGAACACGAGGAUACGUGGGCAGGAGAAUGGUUCAGUACCAGUGCCCUAAUCUCUAAACUCUUCCAAGGAGGUUGUUUAGAAGAUGAUGGACAUCACUGGAUCGCACAUGACUUGGAAAAGGCGUUUGAAGUAAAAACCUCGGGUGACGUGAAAACAGACGCAGGCCGGCAAGCCCAGGUUCUUGCUGCUGUGAACCAUAUACUCCUCGCUGGGGAGUCGUUCGUGGAGGGGGCCAAGAAUCCUUUGUCGAAAUGGAAGUUUCAGCUGAAUGCUAUAAAGUGGAAGCUUUGGGCAUCAAAGAUCAAGGAGGUUGGUGAGACGGUGGAUGACAAUGCGAGAUGGGAGCUUAAGGAAAAGGCGCAGAAGGCGUACGAGAAGAUGGUUGAGCUAUAUCCGGAAGCUUUCUCAUCGGAGGAGAACACUGGGGAAUGA